GGUAGGGGAGUGAAGGAGCGCAGACAGGAUGUUGACACUUCUUUCAGGAGGGAAAUGAAACUGUUUGGGAAACUUUGGGGUGCAGAGAGAGGAAGGACUGUUUCUCACUUCCUGUAUAUUACACUCUCCCUCGCUCUCACUCCCUCACUUCCUCCCGCUCUCUCCUUCAUCCCGGACAUGAGUGCUAGACGGCUGGUGACAUGGGUGGUGAUGGUGAUGGUGAUGGUGAUGGUGGUGACGGCGGAGGCUAAAACGCUGGAGGAGUGGAUGGAGGUUCCUGCGGUUGAUGGUGAUGAUGGUAAGGGUGAGAGAUGGAGCAGAGGCAGCGGGAAGGAGAGGAAUGAUAAUGAUAAUGAAGUGACAGGCAGUGAUGAUGACAGUGGGACAAGUUACAGUGACAAAUAUGAUGAGAUGACAUACAGAAACACAGGUAGGGAGCAUGACAGUGAGAUGAGUUACAGUGACAAGGAGAAAGAAAAUGAUAGUGAGACUUAUAAUGCAGACACAGAUGAUAACAGUGACAUGAAUAGCAAUGAGAAUGAGUUGGAUGGCAGUGGUGAGGUGCAUCAGGAGGAGGAAGAUGAGGAGGACAAAAAGGAGAAGAAAAGACUCACCAUAACUUUCAUAAACACAACUCACUCACCAACAAACACCACAGACUCACACCAGCCUCGACUUCUCGGUCACCUGCACUAUUUACUCAAGCCGAUCAUUGACGUUUUCUUGUACACAUUCACCAACACUCAUGAACCCCCCAGUGAACCACUCGAACCACCUGAGACACCCCUGCCACUCCUUCCACUACCCAGAAACCUUCCAUCUCAGUCACUCUCAACACCCAUACCCAGAUCUGGUACACCAACACCAUCACCACCACUAUUAAAUCUGUCGCCGUCAUCACAAACGGCCCCCACAACCUCAGGGCAAUUUAAACCUUACUGCAAGGUGUGUAUAAGGGCCACAUCGCAUGCUAAGCCACAACUACCUCCUCUCCUCUUGUUCCUGAUGGGGAGGCUGAACAAAACUACACAAACCGAUCGAAGAAGGAAGGAGGCCGGAAGAGUACAUAGAAAGAAGGAAAAUGUGAAGCAGACAGACAAGGAUGAUCAUAAACUUAAACAGAAACGCCGUAUUCUUAUCAAUCACAGGUCCUCAUCACCUGCACCUUUUCAGCGUCAAAAUAAAGAUUUUCCCGUGCCUCUGCCUGCAAUGAAGAGAGAAAAGGAGCUGCGGAAGGAAAAUAUAAAGAGAAGACAUAAGAGAAGCAUUCAAUACAAAGACAGCAAGGAAGAAGAUGAAACGGAGGAUGGUGCAAGAAAGAAUGGAAAGAGAAGAGGGAAACAUAACAAACACACGGAGAAGGAGUACAUAAAGAAAGAAGGUCCAGAAAGUUACUCAGAAGAAAGUAGACACGAAAGGCAACGAGAGGCAGCACCAAGAAACAAAGCGAAAUCAAGACCCAAAUAUUCCUCAGCAGAAAUGACGACUGGAAGAUUUAAACCCAAAGAAGUUAAGCCAAAGGACGCAAACUUCCAGAAACACAAAGAAAAUGAUGAAGUCGAGGAAUUUUCAAGUCAAAGAGAUGCGUUUAAAAAGCACUUGAAUCACCCACAUAAGGAGACAGGUAAAUUAAGCCACACCUGGAAGAAGAAGAGACGCGGCACUACUGACGAUGGGAAAGCUAACAGACUAACGAAGCAGGAGGAAGACAUGCUAGCAGCGGUGAAUGAAAUAUACAACCCACCACUUUUGAAAUACGUGGAUGUAGACGGUAUGCUGGCGGAAGAUAACGAUAGCACGAUGAAGAAAGAUGGCGAUGAAAAGGGUGGGAGUUAUGCUACAUCAAGUGAUAAAGAGGGUGAGGAAGAAGGUAAAAAGGCUGACAUUGAUGCUGCCGCUGCGGACGAAAGAGAAGACAAGAAUAUUGAUGAAAAUUAUGAGUAUGAUUAUGAGUACUAUGAUUCAGAUAUCACGGGGACAACUCAGGAGAAGGUCAUGCGUGAGGAAACUAAACAGGACCAAGAAGGGAAUGUUCAAGAUGACGAGAAAGAUGAAGAUGAAAAAUACAACCACCAGAGUGCUUCGGUGGAUGAAGGAAAGGUAGAUAAAGAGAAAAAAGACGGAAGCCACAAGUAUAAAUAUGAAAACGAAGAUGCAGAAAUGAGUGAAGAACAGGACUAUGAGAAUGGACAUGCCGAUGGUGAUGUAAGUUACGAGGAAGAGGUGAAGGGCGAGAGUGAAGUGAAGGCAGACGAAGCGGUGGCUGUUGACACUGAUGCAGAUGUGAAUGAAGGGCGGGAAGACGAAGAAAACGGCAAAUUACAUUACUAUCAACACUACUACGAGGAUAGAAAACGGAAUGAUAAAGUGAACGACGUGCCAACUGACCCUGGAGUUACUGAAGACGAAGCAGGAGCAGCAGAAGCGGCAGCAUAUAGUAGACAGACAUACGAACGGACACCCAUGCUUGUAACACGUGCGUGGCAGAGUAACCCAACUUUUCCACCGCCCUCUAUCAUCAGUAACGCCCUCGAAAUACCUGGCGGCGCUGUACCUGAGGCCAAUCAGUACCUAGGGCCCCCAGUCUCGCCACAGGUAGACCCCCUUACGGCCAGGACUGUGGAGAGCAUCCUGGCGGGACUCAAACCUGGAAUGGUGCCGAGUUUAGGGCCAGGAAUGGGACCAGGAAUGGGGCCACAAAUCAAACCAGACAUGCUCUCAGGUAUAUUGCCGGGAAUGGGAUCAGGAAUAGGGCCACAAAUUAAGCCAGGUAUGAUGCCAGAUACAGUGCCAGGAAUGGGACAAGGAAUAGUAUCUGGUAUGAAGACAAGAACAGUGCCAAAUUACGUGCCAGGAAUGGGAUUAGGAACAGGGCCAAAUAUAAGGACAGGAAUAGAGCCAAGUAUAAAUUCUCAAACACAACUUGCCAUGCUGCAGGGAAUGGGACCAGGCACAGUGCCAUAUAUGGGAGCAAGUAUGGGGUAUGUUCCACAAGGAAUAGGGUUAGGAAUGAGUCAGUUGGGGAUUGGAAUGGGACUUGGAAUGGGACCAGGAGUGGGGCAGGGGUGGCAGGGGUGGAGGCAGCAGUGGGCAGUACCGGUAGGGUGGGCGGGGGCGGGGCGGAGAGCAUCCUGGCCACGCUCCUCGAGGGACUGGUGGCCGAGAAUGGUGAGUGUGAAGGGGCAGGACAGGAGGCGCCGUGGAGGGUAGGUGAGGGACUGAGGCAUGCAAAUAGACAGACAGACUCACACACACACACACACACACACACACACACACACACACACACACACACACACACAGGGAGAGAGAUAAAAAGUAAAGAAAAAAAUGAAUAGCUAAACAGAUAAACAUAUAAACAAACACAUUAGGAAGACAGACAUAAACACUCAGACAGAUGGACAGCUAGACAGACAGAUAAGCAGGUACACAACACACAGAUGGAUAAAUAGACAGGUUAACAGAUAGACAGAUAAAUAGAUAAACAAACUGAUAUAUAGAUAAAGGAAAUGAAGAAAAGUCGUAUAUAACCCAUAAAAUAAUAAUAAUGAUAAUAAUAACAAUAAUAAUAAUAAUAAUAACAAAAAUAAUAUCACGCUUCAAA